UCACCGUCACACAGCUGAGUCUCCGCUUAAAGAUCAGUCCAAAGAGAUAAUGGAUAACUUUAAGAAAGUGAUUUUCCUAUUACUGAGCCAACUCCAUUUAUUGAGAGGAAGAAACCCCCUGUUUUUUCCAUGUGACAAUAAUGAAAACGGUACUGAGAUAUACUGCACUCGCAGGCAACUCGAUGACAUCCCUUUUUUUACUUCAAUGAAUGCAACGUUUCUCGACCUAAGUCACACCAAGAUACGGGAAGUGGGACCACAGAAAUUCUCUGGUAUUCCAAAUCUUACCACUCUGAAAAUGACGUGGAAUUGUGAUCCGAGAAGUUCUACAAAUACAAACAACCCCCCCUGUGGAGUCAGAAUAGACAAGGAUGCCUUCAGGAGUCUGCACAACCUCACUUAUCUAUAUCUGGCAGGAAACAGCCUUACCACGUUACCCUGGUUACCAGAAAGCAUUAAGGUCCUGGAUCUCGAGAGUAACUGCAUUUUCAACAUUAUCAUCCCUUUUGGAACUCCACAUCUAGAGCAGCUCCUUCUCACAAUGAACUGUUAUUAUGAAAACCCUUGUUUCCAGCCAUUUUACAUCUAUGAGGAUGUCUACAAGGAGCUAUCACAUCUAAAAAAUCUUACCCUGGGAUACAACAAUUUGACAUCAAUACCACUAGGAUUGCCAGCUUCACUUAUUGCUCUGGACUUGAAAGAGAAUACAAUAACUGAGAUUCCAGAAGGGGCAUUUGCCCAUUUUCCUAACCUGGAGGAACUAAAUCUGGAAUGGAAUUGUCAGCGUUGUGACCACGCAGCCCGCAUUUGUAUACCUUGCCCUAACAAUGCCUCCUUACAGCUACACCCAAAUUCAUUCUAUGCAAAAAACAGCUCUAUUAAAAAACUGAGAUUGAGAGGAAACUCUUUGAACAAUAUACCAGAAGGUCUUUUUCUCCCUUUGACAAAUUUAGUGAUGUUGGAUCUCUCGGACAACUACCUGGCCCACACCAUCCGUAAUGGUACCUUCUUUACAGACCUAAAGCAGUUAACAUGGAUCAGCCUCAUCUAUAACUAUCAGCCACUAAAAAUAUUUCCUGACCUGAUCCUUUCACCACACCUGGGCAAUGUCUCAAAUUUAAAAACCCUUCUGUUAAGCGGAAACUUUUUUAACACUGUUUCAGAACAAAGCCUUGUUGUUCUGUCCAGACUUAAACAACUUAAAAAGCUUGAGAUGCGCAUGAAUUUCAUCAGCAAUUUCAACAUGAACACUCUGGGAAUGUUGCCUUCCCUCAGCAGAUUAGACCUCUCUCAGAACAUACUGAGUUAUCACAAUGUGUCAUCUAGGUACUCUUUAGAACAAGGAUCUCAGGAUUCAAAUGUUUUUAAAGAUUAUUCUGAUUCACCCAUGCUACCAGUAUCAGCAUACAUGUAUAAAACUGAGACUGACAAUGAGACUUGUAGAACACCUAACAAUAUCGUAUUUGAAAUGUGGUAUUUCAACCAGAAAUUCUGCCGAAAUAACUUGACAAUUGAUCUUUCUCAAAAUAAUGUUAUUUUCCUACACGAAGAUGUUUUUGAUGGUAUGGAAAAUGUUGUGUGUUUAAACCUGUCUUAUAAUUAUGCAAGCCAGGCUUUAAGAGGUAGACUUUUCAGUCGCUUGAAAAGCUUAGUUUACCUAGAUAUGUCAUACAAUAGAAUUGACCUAUAUUAUAGAGAGGCAUUCACUGAGUUGAACAAGACUCUGAAAGUGUUGGACCUCAGUCACAACGAGUAUCACUUUCGUAUGAAGGGAAUGGGUCAUCGUCUUGAGUUCGGCGGUCUAACAAAUCUGGACGUUUUAAAUCUUGCAAAUAAUGGCAUUGGAACUCGAAUUACUCCACGACUGAGCAGCAACUCUGUGAAGUAUAUGUACUUUUCUGGGAAUCACCUAGAUAUUAUGUGGGGUAAAGAGGGCCAGACUUACAUUCAAUUCUUCCAGGACCUCAAGAAAUUAAUAUACUUGGACAUCUCUCAGAACAUGCUACGUUCAUUCGAACAACGACAACUCUGUAAUCUACCGGUGAGCAUUCAGGCCAUCAGCAUUAGCAAUAAUUACCUCAGUACUUUUCCAUGGCUGAACCUCACAUGUCUUGGAAAUCUUAGCCAUCUAAAUCUUAGUGGAAAUCAACUUUCAUCUCUGCCUAACAGUGUGACAGAGUUUCCACCAGAUUUUUCUGUCUUGGACCUCAGUAACAAUCAGAUAAGCAAUCUUUCUGAUAAUUUCUUCAGUCAUGCCAAAGCUUUGCAGUGUCUCUAUCUCAAUGACAACUUUCUCAAAGUGCUGAACCGUCAGUCAAUCCCAUUCCAGCUGAAAAAUGGCACUUCUGUUCAGUUGCUUACCCUACAUAAUAACCCUUUCAGCUGUGAAUGCUACAAUUCAGAAUUGGAGGAAUUCCUGCGGACCAGCAACACACGUAUUCCUUACCUGACCACUGCUGUUCAAUGUGGAUUCCCAGAGUCCCUUCAGGGUCAAAGUGUGCUGACAGUCGACCAGCGUUCCUGUCAGGAGAUCUAUGGUGGCUUGGCCUUCUUCUUAAGUACACUCUUCACAUGUGCAUUUAUUGCUCUGCCAUUGUUAAGACAUCUUUAUGGCUGGGAUGUGUGGUACUGCCUGCAGAUCCUAUGGGCAGGAUGUAAGGGCUACCUGCAUCCUUCUGCCAGUUGCUCGCCAAAACGCUAUGAUGCUUUUUUGGUGUUUGACACAAACAACCAGGCUGUGAGAGACUGGGUUUACAAUGAGUUGGUUAUCCGUUUGGAGAGAUCUGGCUACAGAAGAUUCUCACUCUGUUUAGAGGAGAGGGACUGGAUUCCUGGGCUUUCCUGCAUUGAAAACCUCCACAAUGCUGUCCAUAGCAGCGAGAAGACAGUGUUUGUUCUGUCCAAUGGCACAAGAAAUGGCGUUGGGGAAGCAACAGUCAACGGUGUGAUACAGCAGACUUUUUUCAUGGUUCAACAGCGGCUUCUUGAUGAGAAGGUGGAUGUAGCCGUUCUCAUACUGCUGGACAAGAUGUUUCCAAAGCUGAAGUACCUCCAACUAAGGACGAGGUUGUGCAAGAAGUCAGUGAUGUCCUGGCCUAGAAAUCCACAGGCCCAACCCCUAUUCUGGAACCAAAUGAGGACAGCACUGUCGUCAGACAAUCUUAAAUUAUAUGACAGCAACAUUAGUGAAAGUUUCAUAUAAACUCUACUCGUUAUACAAAGUAACAAAGUUACAACUAUUUUCUCUCUGAAAAUGUGUUUAAAUAGGCCAAAUUACUUUUCAAUUAAGACCACCGCUGUUUAACAAUUGAUGCGAACCUUGUGUGUUUUUAAAUAUAGCCUAAACCUGACCCUAAAUCUUAUAUAGUUUACAUAAUCCUAAACUAUGCUAGUUUAACACACCAACAUCUAGUGUUUCUCAAAAAUGUGAUGAAAUGCGCGUGUAUAUAUAGGCUGAAUAACUUUUCAAUGUAGAACACAUCCUUUUACAUAAUUUGUGUUCAAUUUGAGAUUAGGGUUCCUGUCCAUGAUCAUUUGCAUCCCUGAUUAUGUAGCGUUUUAAUGUAAAAACACAUAACCAAUGUUGGACAAUGUACUGCCAUUAGAUUAAUCAAACCAUCAUGAAACUCACAUGUUUACAAUUAAACAAUUACAAUUUUGACAGGUAUUCGUGUGCUGAUCUAGAGAAGGGAUGAAGGCCCACUGCUGUACUAAUUUGGGAAUAUGAAAUUAAUCAAGAAUAUGGCUACAUUUUUGGGGGACAUUUUCUGUUAAGACUUUAUUGGGU